UGUACAAGACUGCUUGGCUCAAUUACCCUUCAGGACAUUUUAAGAAUAUAAUAUUAUACUGAAAUCAGUGAGUCUCCCGUAGUGCUUGCUUAGGGCAUCCGCAGCACAUUUAGUUUUGGCACACAGGCUAUGCAUGCCUUGGGUCACUUUCUUGUCAGACAGGCUGUUUUACCUGGUAUUUCAUAACAGGGCUUGGUCUGUCACGAUGGACUUGGAGUAACACCCUCAUAACGGGGCGUCAGCUCAUCAAAUAGUUUUCCUAAUUUAUUUUAGUUUAGAAAUCACUGUGAACAUUUGAAUGGGGAUACUUUUGUGUAUGGAUCUGAGCGCUUUCUCUUAAUGCAGCAAUCACGCGGGGAAGAAAAACGCAUGCUGUUGUAAUUUGGAACAUCUGACAGAUGUGAAACAACCAUGGCUGCCACAUUUGAUCAGCUGAUCAUUGGUAUCACAAUAGCAAGCUUUGCUGUUUUUCAGUUUUUGUUCCAUUUUGGAAGUUCCUGGCUUUCAGCGAUUAUCAGUUUGGGCUUUAGAUCACUUGGUAAGGAGCAGAAGAUUGAAUGGAACUCAAGGGUGGCAUCUACAGUCCAUGCUCUGUUAGCUGGCGUAUUUGGCUUGUAUAUUUUUUGCUUUGAUUAUGCUGUUAAUGCUGAUCCUGUCUGGGGAGACGCCACUUUAGUUAGAAUAAAUGUCGCAAUAACUGCAGGCUACCUCAUUUCAGAUUUACAACUAAUUCUAUGGUACUGGAAGAUCAUUGGAGAUGUCUACUUCAUAAUGCAUCAUGUUGCAGUACUGUAUGCUUACUACUAUGUACUGAGUCAAGGAUUGUUGCCUUAUUUUGCGAAUUUCCGUCUGCUUGCAGAAUUUUCUACUCCUUGUGUUAAUCAGAGAUGGUUCUUUGAAGUGUUAGGUUAUUCUAAGUCUUCCAAGCUCAACAUCAUUAAUGGACUGACGAUGACUAUAAUGUUUUUUCUGGUGAGAAUCGCAGUCAUGCCAGUGUACUAUAAUCAGAUGGUUAGCACAUUUGGAACAGAGGGUUUUAAUAGGAUAGGACGUGGCCCUCAAUGUGUCUGGAUUAUCUGCAGUGUUUCCUUGGACAUUCUGAACAUCAUGUGGAUGGUUAAGAUCGCUAGAGGGUGCUACAAAGUUUUUUACUUUCACAGAAAAAUAAAGAUCAACAGUCAGGACAAAGUUAAGCUGCAGUAAGGACAGAAAAAACAUAAAUUGAAAAAGCUUCAUGACUCUUCUUUGCAACAAAUAGAAACAUGUUUUACUGGUAUGUAUUCGUUCUGUUGUGGAAAUUAAUCAGAAACAUAUUGCCUUACUUCUAAAGGUCUUAAAAAGUGACUCAGACUUGACUGCUGGAAAAUUAUUUUUUCCUCCAUGUGGCCUUUCAUUUGCACAUUAAAGCCACUGUAAGUGCCUUACUUAUACCUUUACUGUUGAUAAUCAGUGCAUAUGCAUUCACCUGUUAUUUAUGGACCUAAUAGCUCAGUAAUUCAAGACUAUUGGGUAUGUUCACAUACCUGAAUUCCGCACUCUUACCUGAAUUCAUCUUAACGUUAUUUUACAUAUGUUGGUUUUAAUGUUAAUAUUGCAAUGUAGAUUUUGUUUUAUCAAUUAUUCUCAUGUUUUCUUAAAUUUGUUAGGCAUUGGUGCUAACUCCCUAUAACUUUAAAGGGGUAAGCUUUAUAUAGUGUUAGAUUUGCUUGAAAGAUCUGUUAAAAUCUGUUGUUUGACAAAUUCAGGAUGGUAAAUAACAGAAAUGCAGUAACGUUUUUCAGUGCUGCCUUGAUCACUUAAUCACAAGUUAAGCUGCUCCUACAGAUUAAAUAAAUAACCAUUAGGAUACAGGCAUUUUUCUUAAUCCUGUUUAAAUCUACUUAUCUGUUCAGAUAAUAAUUGUUAAUGUUAUACUGUUUUAUUUUAGAAAUUUAAGAAUAUGUGUGUGUAUGCAUGUGUACUCUUGUGUGUGGGCAGACGUGUGUGUGUGCGUGUGUUUGUAUGUGUGUGUCUG